CUUGUUGUAUAAGUUGAAAGGUGAAACCUUUGCUUCAUUGUUUCCCCGCCGCCUGAAAACAAGCAACAACAAGAAGAGAGUGAGAGAGAGCGCCGAAAAGCGAAACCUGAAAAGCGAUUAUUCUGAAAAGCGCUUCUUCUUUUGGAUUCACACAACAACCCUCUUUUCCAUUUCCUUGCAUGCACAUUGCUUCUCAUUCAUUCAUUCACAUAAUCCCCCAUUACCAACAAGGAUAAGCAGCUGAAGAGGAAUCGUUUGGAGUAAAUACAUUGGAGAAAAUGAAGUACGUUUUGGUGACUGGUGGAGUUGUUAGUGGACUUGGCAAAGGAGUGACUGCUAGCAGCAUUGGAGUACUCCUUCAGGCUUGUGGCUUUCGAGUUACCUCUAUCAAAAUUGAUCCCUACCUGAACACUGAUGCAGGGACAAUGUCUCCUUUUGAGCAUGGGGAGGUGUUUGUGUUAGAUGAUGGUGGUGAGGUUGACCUUGAUCUUGGAAACUAUGAACGUUUCUUGGACAUCAAAUUAACCCGCGACAAUAAUAUCACAACUGGAAAAAUUUAUCAGUCUGUUGUUGAGAAGGAAAGAAGAGGAGAUUAUCUUGGCAAAACUGUCCAGGUUGUUCCACACAUCACAGAUGCUAUCCAAGAGUGGAUAGAACGUGUAGCACAAGUACCGGUUGAUGGAAAAGAAGGCCCUGCUGAUGUUUGUGUCAUUGAAUUGGGUGGAACUAUAGGGGACAUCGAGUCGAUGCCCUUUAUUGAAGCACUUGGCCAAUUUUCGUACCGCGUAGGCCCUAGCAACUUCUGUUUGGUUCAUGUUAGCCUCGUGCCUGUUCUUAAUGUUGUUGGUGAACAGAAAACAAAACCAACCCAGCACAGUGUCCGUCAACUUAGAGGGUUAGGGUUGAUCCCAAAUCUUCUUGCUUGUCGCAGUUCAAAGGAACUUGAUGAUAAUGUCAAGGGAAAACUCUCUCAAUUUUGUCAUGUGCCGUUAUCAAACAUACUCACUCUCUGUGAUGUUCCAAAUAUCUGGCACAUUCCUUUGCUGUUAAGAGACCAGAAGGCACAUGAGGCAAUCCUGAAAACAUUAAACCUCCAAGGUGUUGCCACAGAGCCUGAUUUUAAGGCGUGGAUCACUACUACAAAAGUUUAUCACAAAUUUCAUGAAUCUGUUAGAAUUGCAAUGGUGGGAAAAUAUACUGGCCUUUCAGAUGCAUAUCUUUCUGUAUUGAAGGCACUUCUGCACGCUUCUGUUGCUUGCAACCGCAAGCUAGUUGUGGACUGGGUUCCUGCUGGGGAUCUUGAAGAUGAUACCUUGAAAGAGAAUCCUGAUGCAUAUAAAGCUGCUUGGAGUCUUUUAGAGGGUGCUAAUGGAAUUCUAGUUCCAGGAGGUUUUGGUGACAGAGGAGUGCAAGGGAAAACUCUUGCUGCUAAGUAUGCUCGAGAAAACAAUGUUCCGUUUCUGGGCAUUUGCUUGGGGAUGCAAAUUGCUGUCGUUGAAUUUGCAAGAUCUGUUCUGGGUCUUCACGGUGCUAAUAGCACUGAAUUUGAUCCCGAAACCAAAAACCCGUGUGUGAUAUUUAUGCCUGAAGGUUCAAAGACACAUAUGGGUGGAACCAUGCGUCUUGGUUCAAGGAGAACUUACUUUCAGGUUGCUGACUGCAAAUCAGCCAAGUUGUAUGGGAAUGCAAGUUUUAUCGAUGAGCGACAUCGCCAUAGAUACGAGGUUAAUCCUGACAUGAUAUCACAACUUGAGACUGCUGGUCUAACUUUUGUUGGCAAAGACGAAACUGGGAGGCGAAUGGAGAUAGUUGAAAUGCGUGGUCAUCCUUUCUUUAUCGGUGCUCAGUUUCACCCUGAGUUCAAGUCGAGACCAGGGAAACCUUCUCCACUAUUCUCAGGAUUAAUAGAAGCAGCAUGUAAGAGGACAGUUGUGUCAAAUAACAAAGGAAAUGCAAAUUUAACCAAUGGAGUACAUGAAUCAGACUCUACAACUUCGAAAGCACAAAAUGCAAAUGGGUUCAAAUCUUCCAAUGGUUCUGCAAAUGGUGCAAGUCCUAAUGGCAACGGUGUUUAAGUGAAAUAGGGAGUUUAGUCAUCAACCUUUUUAGCUUACAAUUGUGCUUUGGUAUUCUCCAAACACAUUUUUGUCUUUGGUUAGUUUGUACAGUUUCAGUGGUUGGAUAGCUAAGUUUGACUCUAUCUACAUAGCUUUAUGUUUCAGCAUGAAGCAAAUUUUGGGUGCAACAACUUUUGUUUCUAAGCAUAUAGGUGAAGCUUAUGGAUGAUAUUUUUGUUUUGGUUAUUACAGUCGAUUAAAUAGUGGUUUUUUCCUUGUAA